AUGGUCCCAGACGUCUUCUACACCGUCUGCUACAACCAAUCCAACGUCCCCCCCGAGAUCAAAGCCCUCCACACCUUCACCCCCGCCAUCCUCCCCGGCUACAUCCGCCGCCGCGUUCGAGGCGCCGACUACCCCGGCAUCACCCCGGACAAAGACCACAAAGUCUUUGGCAUGUACGCCUCCGGCCUCACAAACGCCAACAUGAACAAGCUGGACAUUUUUGAGGGGGGACAGUACGUGAGGAAAACGGUCGAGGUGAAGUUGCUGGAGAAGGUGGGGGAUGUGAAGGGGGAGGGGAACGUGGAAGGAGAGACGAAAAAGGCAGAGGUGUAUGUUUUCCAUCCGGAUCACGAGGAUGAGCUGGAGGAUAGGGAGUGGGAUUUGGAGGAGUUUAGACGGGAGAAGAUGCAGAGGUGGACGAGGGCGGGGUAUGUUUUUGAUGGGUGUGAUCCCAAUGAACCGGCAAAGGUGGAGGCUGCUGUGUAA